GUGCUGGAGGAGCACUACGGCGCCACGCCCGUGCGGGUCUGGGGCGGCGACGUGUACUCCGGGGCGCUGUACGCGAGGCGGCGGAACGCGGGCGCCCGGCGCCCCCUCGCCCGCUACCUGGGCCUGCACGACGCCGGCGCGCGGGGGCCGCCUCCGGGGGCAGCGUCCGGGUCCCGGCAGGGGUCGCCCUACGUCUUCGAGAACGAGUUCUCGGGCCCACGCGGUGAGUUCCUGGCGGACAUCGGCGUCCCAGAGGCGAUGCCCCAGUACCGCUGGUUCCUCUGCGGGCUGCGCGGCAGCGGCAGCGCCAUCCACGUGGAUCCGCGCGGCACUGCCGCCUGGAACGCCCUGCUGGCCGGGGCGAAGCGCUGGUGGUUCUUCCCCCCAGACCACCGGAGCCACGCCUUCCGAGAACCAUCGGCGAGCCGGCCCGGACGCGGAGCCCGAGCCGCCGCUGCACUGGUGGAGGUCGAGGCAGAGGUCAGACGGAGGGGCCGCUCUGUCGGCCUGGGGCAUGCUCGAGGCCGUGCAGCUUCCCGGCGAGACCGUCUUCGUGCCUCAGGGAUGGUGGCACCAGGUGCUGAACCUUGACUUUUUCUCUUCUUCUGAACUCACCACCUCCUGGACGCAGAAUUUUGUGCUGCCCGCGAUGCUCCCUACGCCAUCGCCGAGUGGAGGAGAGAUUGGCCCGUCGGGCUCCGCAUCUACGCGCACGCGCCGCGCCCGCCUGGCGGCGACGCGUGGCCGGACCCCGACGCCCCCAGCGAUGCCGACGCCGCGCCGCCUCCUCGAGAGCCGUUGGCACCCUCGGAGUAGCAGCGAGGAGGAU